AUGCGUUCAACAACUUCCUCUGGAAUGUUCUUCUGGGCCCUUUUUAUUCUUGCCUUCUCGUCACUGGCCGCUGCAGCUUCCGGAGCUUGGAUAUUUGAAGAUGCGCAAGCUGUUGUCGCCGCAAAAGGAGGUAAAGCUGAUGCUUAUAAGUUCUCCCCCACCGAAUCAAUCAAAGGAGCUAUCAGCCUUGGGCCAAAGGAUGUAUUAAAAGUCUCGUUAACCGUCAAGGAGGACUCUAAGGUUGGCCGCCCUCACCAGGCGUUCCUUCUGGUUCAGGAACCUGGGAGCAAAGUGGAGACCUUUUUCCCGCUUUCUGUGAAAGAGUUGUCGGGCAAAGCCAGAGUCGAUUUGUCUCACAAGGAUCUCUCGCCCUUUCUACUUACCGCUCCUUCACUUUUGCUGUCGCUUGUCCUCGGCUCCUUCGGCGAAUCUACUGCCUCAAUUGUUACCAUCGGAAACGUCGAGCCCUCCCUUGACCCUACCUCGAAAGCCCUCCUCGAGAAGCAGAAGCAGAAGGAUAUUGGCGAGGGAACUGCUAUCUACAAGGCCAAGGGUGAGAUCCGUCAUAUCUUUAGAGUGGAUCCUCAGAGCCCCCCUAAGAUUAUUACCCUGGUUUUCUUGCUCUCGGUGUUGGUGGGACUUGGCGGUCUUUUCGUAGUUUGGUUCCCAAUUCUUGGAGGGAACUUGUCUCACCUCCGCCAAGCUCUCAAAGCUGCCCCGAUCUCCCACCCGAUCUUCUUUGCUAGCUUGCUUUCGCUGGAGGGCAUCUUCUUCAUGUACUACACCCACUGGAACCUCUUCCAGACACUCGCCGGAAUGGCUCUCGUAGGACCCGUCGUCUUGUUCAGUGGCAGUCGCGCUUUGAGGGAAGUUAGGGCCAGGAGAGAAAAGGGAGAGCGCUAAGCGGUGGAAAAUCUGUAGUCGUAAACUCUGAUGUAGUUGUGAUACCAAACAUCACACGAAAUUAAAAUGGGGAAAUGUGGUAUUUUUAUUUCCCUGGGUUUUCGGAAUUAAAAGAGCCUGUCUGGGAGAAUGUCAAGUUAGAAUUGUGCUGUGUUGAUUCAAGAGGGGCGAAUGGAAUGGGAAAUGGGCUUCGGAAUAAAAUGUAUGCUACUUUUGUGGGGCUGUUUCAGGGAAUGGGAAGGAAUAUAUUAUGGCAUUGUCAAAA